AUGGCGACCAAGGUGACGGGCAAAGAUGGCAAGGGCCCGCCCUCGGCGGCGACGAACUUGAUCGCGGGCGGAGGAGCAGGCAUGAUGGAGGCGCUGGCAUGUCAUCCUCUCGAUACGAUAAAAGUCCGCAUGCAACUCUCGCGCCGCGCGCGGCAGCCCGGCGCGCCCAAACGCGGCUUCCUGCGCACAGGAUCCGAGAUCGUGAAGCGCGAGACGCCGCUGGGCCUGUACAAAGGGCUAGGCGCAGUCCUAACAGGAAUUGUGCCCAAGAUGGCGAUCCGGUUCACGUCGUUCGAGUUCUACAAGCAGUCGCUGGCGUCCAAGUCCACCGGCAAGAUCUCCGGGUCGGGCACCUUCGUCGCCGGGCUCGCGGCGGGCGUGACCGAGGCCGUGGCGGUCGUGACGCCCAUGGAGGUGAUCAAGAUCCGGCUGCAGGCGCAGCACCACAGCAUGGCGGACCCGCUCGACGUGCCCAAGUACCGCAACGCCGCGCACGCGCUGUACACGGUCGUCAAGGAGGAGGGGCCGGGGGCCCUGUACCGCGGCGUCAGCCUGACGGCGCUGCGCCAGGGCAGCAACCAGGCCGUCAACUUCACCGCCUACACGUACUUCAAGGAGGCCCUGCUGCGCUGGCAGCCGGACCUCCAAGCCGGCAGCGGCCAGAUCCCCAGCUGGCAGACUACAGUUAUUGGGCUCGUGAGCGGCGCCAUGGGGCCCCUGAGCAACGCGCCUGUCGACACUAUCAAGACGCGCCUGCAGAAGACGCCCGCCGAGGAGGGCGUGAGCGCGUUCAAGCGCAUUAGCAUUAUCACCAAGGAUAUGUUCCGACAGGAAGGCGUUCAUGCGUUCUACAAGGGCAUCACGCCUAGAAUCAUGCGCGUGGCGCCGGGCCAGGCCGUGACGUUUACGGUAUACGAGUAUUUGAAGGAGAAGCUCGAGAGGACUAAGGCAUCCGGAAUGUUGGUUGCCAAGUAUGAUUGA